GAGAAAACGCAAGAUGCUAUAGCUACAUUGCAGAGCACAUUCUUUAAUGGAACUUACUACCCUGGCACUCUGCAGUGGAUCAAUGCAUUGGUGAAAGGCACUUUCACAACCGGACUGGCAACUUACAACGGAAAUAUUCCAGGAGCACAAACUACAGCUGCGGAGAUACAGAACAACAUCCAGAAAUACUAUUCCCAGAUAGAAGCAUACUACGGUGGCGAGGACACGAUACAGAUUUUCGACGCGGCAUACGAUGAUGCGCAGUGGGUUGUGCUCGAGUGGCUGGAAGUGAUCAGAUUUCUCGCACAAUACAAUGCCGACACACAGUCAAAUCUUGGGCAGUCCAACAUUGCCAACUACGCCCACAGAGCACAUAUCUUCUACAACAUUGUGCAAGAUAAAUUCGACACAUCGCAGUGCGAUGGCGGCCUGACCUGGAACCCAACUCUCGCGACCUACAAAAAUGCAAUCACGAACGAGUUGUUUGUUUCAUCGUCGAUUGCCAUGUAUUUCUUCUUCCCCGGAGACAGCAACACCGAUCCAUAUCCACAUCCUGAUUACCAGGCUCAGACAAACAACACCUUGCCUCCACUCCCUUACCUUGCACCGCACGACCCAUUGCUACUCCAGCACGCCGAAGAAACUUGGACUUGGAUGAAGACACAUAACUUUACAAAUUCGCAAGGCUUGAUUGUUGAUGGCUUUCAUGUCUCGGAUGGCCAAAGUAGUUGCGAUGAACGCAACGAAAUGGUCUAUACGUACAAUCAAGGUGUCAUGCUCUCAGGUCUUCGGUACUUAUGGGAAGCCACAGGGGAUACAACAUAUCUUAACGACGGUUACAACCUCAUCGACACUGUCAUACGCGCGACCGGCUGGAGUGCGCAUGGCUAUGCCCAAGCAGGGGAAUGGGCAGGCCUCGGAAGAAACGGGAUUCUAGAGGACUACUGUGACGCUCCAGCAAAUUGCUCGCAAGAUAAUCUGAUUUUCAAGGGAGCAUACUUCGAGAGCAUGGACAUCUUCUGUAACGCUUUACCUACAGCAACCCCGAUGGUAGCGGGCAUCAGUAAGCUCGCCUCUUCCGACCUCGCAGAACAGCACUACACGAAAUGUAGCUCUUACAGUCCAUGGGUACAGCAUAAUGCCUGGGCCGCCUUAAGUACCAGGAACAAUUCUGGUGUUUUCGGAGAGUGGUGG